GAAGAGCAGUCGAGAUGUCGUCUCAAAGCAAUAAUACGACGCUCAAGAUUCUACAGGACAUCGUAAAAAUCAUCGUCGAUGAAAACGUCCUUGAACCACCCGAAAAUCAUCCCGUUGUCGAGUUUCUACAACCUGAGGAAUUAAAGAAUGAGCUGUCCGUGGAUCUGGGCGAGGAUGGGACGAGUCAUGACGAGCUGGACAAGGUGCUCAGACAGAUUGCCCGCUACUCAGUGAAGACUUCGCAUCCAAAUUUCCACAAUCAGCUCUAUGGCGGGGUUGAUUCGUACGGCUUGGCCGGAGCUUGGUUGACUGAGGCCCUCAACUCGAGCCAGUACACCUUCGAGGUGGCUCCGGUCUUCACUCUCCUUGAAUGCGAAGUUCUUAGAGUCGCUUUGACCCUCUUCGGGUACCCGAAGCAUCCCGAAGGCGACGGGAUCCUGUGUCCAGGCGGUAGUAUCGCCAACAUGUAUGGGAUGGUUUUAGCUCGGUACAAAAGGCUGCCGGAGGUGAAGACCAAGGGUCUGAGCGGGUCACCGCCACUCGCCUGUUUCACAAGCCAGGCUGCCCAUUACUCCAUAAAAAAAGGGGCCCAUUGGCUGGGUCUGGGAACCGAAAGCGUCUACCAGAUAAAAACAGACGACAAGGACCGCAUGCUUCCAGGAGAAUUGAAGAAAGCCAUUGAGCAGGCCAGAAAAGAUGGAAGGCUGCCAUUUUUCGUCAAUGCAACGGUAGGCACAACCGUGCUGGGUGCGAUUGACCCGUUGAAUGAUAUCGCUGAGAUCUGCAAGGCAGAGAACGUUUGGUUGCACGUUGACGCCUGCUUAGGAGGGACUCUUGUUCUGUCCGGGGAACGUCGGGACCGACUGAUCGGCGUGGAGAUGUCAGACUCCGUUUCAUGGAAUCCGCACAAGCUGCUAGGAGCUCCACUGCAGUGUUCGUUGUUCCUGGUGAAGGGCGAGGGUUCUUUGCACAAGGCGAACAGCGCGGCGGCGAAUUACCUUUUUCAGCAAGACAAGUUCUACGACGUCUCUUGGGACACCGGAGACAAGAGCGUUCAAUGCGGUCGCAAGGUUGACGCCCUCAAGUUGUGGCUGAUGUGGAAAGCCAAGGGCACCAAUGGACUCAGGAGAGCUGUCGACCAUGCGGUUGCGGCGGCCAGGUACUUCCAAAAUCAGAUAGCAGCUCGCCGUGGAUUUCGCCUUGUCAUCCCUGAGGCAGAGUGCAGCAGCGUUUGCUUUUGGUACAUUCCUCCGAGCAUGAGAGGCCUCGAGGAGACGGAUGAAUGGCGAGAAAAGCUCUACAAGGUGGCACCGAAGAUUAAAGAACGGAUGGUCAUGGAUGGUUCAUUAAUGCUUGGAUAUACUCCUCUGAGUCACAAAGGGCUUGGUAAUUUUUUCAGGAUGGUCGUCACUUGUACUCCUGAAGCCAAAGAAUCUUCCAUGAAUUUUGUCAUACAACAAAUAGAGAAGUUCGGUCAAGAUUUAUGAUAUUUAAUAGAGUUAUUGUUUUUUUCCCCCUAAUAUAUGUGCGGGAAAGCAUAGUUGAGAUUAAUAUUAUACCGCGUAAUAAACGAGUGAUGAGAUUUCGUCGCGAUUAGAAGGGGCGAAACUUUAGAAAUACUAAUUACAUACAAAUUAUUGUAUACUUGUGUUUAUAGCUUGAAAAAUCUCUUAUGAGGGCACGAAUGAAUUAUGAUUAAAUAUAUGGUGACGAUUAAAGCGGAAAAUAAAAUGCACGAUUGUCUACAUGAAAAAUAAAGUCGCAAUAAAAACUUCGUACAUAUAAUUAGGGAUGUAUAAACGGCUAAUACAGUUGGUAAGUAUAAAUCUUAAAGGUUAUUAUGAAGUUUUAUAAAGUUAAAUUGUGGCACCUGUGUAAAUGUUCGCAAACAUAGCGUACAGAUCGUUAUAUAAAUCAAAUAACUCGUAAGGUUUACAUAUAGUAUGUCAUAAUAUAAAAUGCUGCGUAUAUAGACAUACGAGGUGAACGUGAAACGGGUGACAUUAGAUAUUACACAAAUCACAUAAAAGUGUCUAUUUACGUAUUAACGCUGGAUUGAUUCCACGAUAUUUAAUAGGAUUAUUGAGAUUUUCCGUUAUACUCUACGUACCAUAUUCUCCGUUAUGUUAACGCAUGUAUGUACUGGGUAAUUAUUAACUUACGGUGGUAAAAAUCAAUAACUGAUCGGUCACUACGCCGCAAUUACUUCUUUAGUACAAUCAAUAAGUGACUCAAUAUGAGUCAUAUCUCAUCUUUCAUGAGUCCACAUAAUAUACUCAUACGUAUAUGCACUAUAUCUAGAACACUAAUAACACCUUAAUCAAUUAUUUAUUUAAUAUAAUAAUAUAUAUAUAUGUAUCUAUAUUAAUAUAUAUAUAUAUAUAUAUGUAUAUAUAUAUUACAUAUAUAUAUGUAUAUAUGUAUACCUAUCGGCUUAAGGCACCAUUCAAUUCAUUCGCUUGUAUAUCCCUUACGUCCAAAUGCAUAAUGCGGCACGUCAUACGUUCUGAAAAAAUAAUUAAUCACUAAACAUAUAUGUACACAUAAAAUCCAUAGAUGGCACUAAAAUGUCACAUUUCAAUACAUAAAUUCGAAAAACGCGAUUCUAUCAAAAUAAUGAUAUACAUGUAUAAUGUAUAUAAUUAUAUAUAAACUAUUAUAAUACAAUGUACGGUAUUUACAUAACAAAUAUAUAUAAAACGUUUUUCUUUUAAUUUCUUGACUUGAUCGUUAAAUAUAGAUGUGUAUAUGCGUAAUAUAUUAGGUGUCGCAUUAAAAUUUCUCGAUUAUCUUCGACGCGCACGUAAUAUUACGGGUAUUACAAUAUUAUAGUGAUUUUCGCGAACCUUUAUACAAAUGUGUGGUUGAAUGCCCGUGCGUUCCAGUCAAUUAAAUUGUAGUAGUUUCAAUUCCUGUUUUAUUCUCCACCUUGUUGAAUUUUUUCAAUCUAAUUUGUUUCAAUUAACUUGAUUUACUUGCUUUGUAGUUUUUGUUUUCUCUGUGCUUUCGUUAAAAUAUCUAUCAUCUUAUUUUUUAGAAUAGAUUCG